AUGUCAUCACCGUAUCGUCCCAAACACGUGCGUGUUGAGAAGGAGACUGAGUUGUUCCGUAUUCAUCUCGAGAACACGCUCACCAUGGACUCUCUUACUGGAUGGAUUAAGAAGAUUGUCGAGGUUCCACCAAACAAACGUCCUGCAAAUGUGCUCAAGUUCUUCAUUGAGAACCGAAACCUGUGGGAUGGAAGCAUCGUCAACAGAGCAUUUAAAAAAAUCUUUGAGGAUUUAACUAAAAAGAUAGACGAGGUGCACGAGAGUAAUGUGCAGUACAAACGAAAAAUAUCCGAUCUCGAAACGAAGAUUCUAAUACGUCGUAUAGCGGCAUUGGACGCUAAGAACCUGAGGAAAAAGAUGGAAGAACAACAAGCACCAGCUUCGACUCGUCCACUUAGGCAACGGCAGGCACGUGCACAAGGUAGAGCUCCAACAAGAAGACGUUCACGAUCAGCGGAUGGAGCUUUUUCAAAGAAACAACCUUCGAAAGACGUAGUUCCACAGAAACUGGCGAAGCGUUUUUAUGCAGACGAUAUGAUGCACAAAAUUCCUGCCAAUAGGUUCGACGGCAAAACCAAUGGCUUUAUAAUCUAA